AUAACAUGGCUGCUCCUACAGGGACGUCGGGACAAGGAAUAGUAGAUGAUUUUGAAAAUUCUUUUCAGGCUUGUCUUGCUGCUCUCACUAAUCCGGAUCAUUUUAAUGUUCGAGAUUCUGAAGAAGUCAAGACAGGUGUGGAGCAGACAAUUCAAAGAUUUUUAGAUCUAGCAAAGCAGAUGGAAUGUUUCUUUCUUCAAAAGAGACUUCUUCUUUCAACACAGAAGCCAGAACAGUUUGUUAUUGAGAGUGCAUAUUGCUAUACAGAUUAA